AUGUCGACACAGAGGACCCCACCACAGACCCCAUUAGUCGCCGCUACUGCAAUGCUUACUAGAUCAGAGUCAGACCGCAAUAUCAGUGCGUCGACGCGUGCCGAGUCAGCGGAUGCAUUGAAUGUAAUACAUAGGUACAAACGAUCCAGGUGCGAAACAGACUUUGACUUGGAUGUUAUGACGGAGAUGCGUAAGUUAUUUAGUGAACUCAAAACUCAACAAGACAAAAAAUUUGAGGCGCUCCAGACAACCGUGUCUACUAUUUCCAAGCAAAAUGAAGAAAUUAGUGCAUCGGCUAUUUUAAUAUCGCAGCUUUACGACGACAUGAAGGUAAAAUUAGACACAUUGGAAAGGGAACGAAACACACAUUUAGCGUACAUACAAUCAUUAGAGGAAAGAAUCGAUAGCCUUGAAAACCGCAACAGGCGUUCUUGUAUCGAGUUUCGUAAUAUUCCUUCAAACAAAACAGAGACCAAGGACGAUUUUACUAAAAUGGUGGUAGAAACGGGAAAAGUGAUACAAGUACCUAUACAAACGUCCGAUAUUCGCGACGCCUACCGCACGUACACCAAAUCAUACCAAGGGCCAAUUGUUAUUGACUUUGUUAAUGUUAUUUUGAAGGAAAAGUUCCUGUCUUCGGUAAAAAAAUACAACACAGAAAAUAAAAGUCGACUAAAUACCACAGUUUUGCAAUUUGAUGGGCCGUCAAAACCAAUAUUUAUAUCUGAAAGUUUGUCAUUAAAAUUCAAAAAAAUAUUUUAUAUGGCGCGGGACUUUGCCAAGGCCCAUGAUUACCGUUAUUGCUGGUCAUCCCAUGGUAAAGUUUAUCUCAGGAAAAAAGAAGGUAGUCCCUUACACCGCAUUGACUGCGAAGCGCAUCUAUCGCAACUUAUAGAAAAUGACAAGUGA